AUGUCCAUCCAUUUUGGAUGCACCAACGAAACCAGCUUCACCGCAGUCUACAUCUUCCGCACAGAUCCGCUUUCCGCUCAAGUAUUGCUAGCUACCGCUUUAGUCCAGGUCCGCCCACAUCAUGGUAAUCCAAUCACCGCCAGAGUGUUGAUUGAUCAAGGUUCAGAGCUCUCAUUUAUGAGACAGUCGCUCUUCAAGAAGCUUGGACAACCGCUACAGCGUGACAUGGUCAUGCUCAAGGGCAUUGGCAAUGUCUCCGCAGGAAGCUCACUAGGUGUGAGCACAAUUGAGCUUCGUUCGCUGUGUACGACCGCAUCAAUGCAUGUCAGCAUGCAUAUUCUACCAACACUGACGGUAGAUCUUCCAUCGUUCGUGAUCGCUGAUCCGAAAUGGCCGCAUCUUGAGAAUCUCAAGCUCGCUGACCCGCAGUAUCUACAGCCACGCCCUGUAGAUAUUAUUCUAGGUGCAUCACCAGCCGCACAGAUUAUGAACGCAGAGAUUCAACGAGGACCUCGCAAUGCUCCUAUUGCACAAUCCACCACGCUUGGUUGGAUUGUCUAUGGAGCUGUCACCGCUAAACACGCUUCAACAUCACACGCAGCACUACAUGCGUCAGUAGAUACUGAAUUACAAGACGCUAUCGCUAAGUUUUGGGAACAGGAAGAAGUUCCAUCUGGAAAUUCACCGCUCAACACCGCUGAAGAAGACGAGUGUGAAAUUCACUUUCGUCAAACGCAUUAUCGACAGCCUGAUGGACGCUACGUAGUGAGAUUACCGCUUAAAGCCCUUGAGAGUCAACUUGGCGACUCUAUCAACGCAGCUAUGGGGUCACUCCGCAGAUUAAUAACUCGCUUGUCGCGAGAAAGAGAAUAUUCUGACAUGUAUCGUGCAUUCAUGGCAGAAUACAUUCAACUAGGACACAUGGUACGAGUACCAGUCAACGAAUUGCCCGCAAACGCUUACUUCUUGCCUCACCAUGGGGUAUUGAAGCUUGAUAGUACCACUACGAAGCUCCGCACAGUGUUCAAUGGUUCCUGUGCAACAUCUACAGGAAUUUCAUUGAACGACAUUCUCCACGCAGGACCCAAAACGCAAAUUGACAUUUUUGAUGUGAUGUUGAGAAUCCGUUGCAGCAGGAUUCUAUUCGCUACUGACAUCACCAAGAUGUUCAGACAGAUUGAGGUCGACUCGCUUGAUUGGCCGCUUCAGUGCAUUCUCUGGAUAGAUGAGAAUGACUUAAUAGACGCUUACUGUCUCAAGACAGUCACAUACGGAACCGCUAGUGCACCUUUUGACGCUGUACGUGUGCUUAUCCAACUAGUAAAGGAUGAAGGACACCGCUUUCCGCUAGCUGUUGCUCCAAUGUUGAAAACACGCUACGUAGAUGAUAUCUACGGUGGAGCAGACAACGAAGAAGACGCUAUCAAGGCUGCAGUACAAACAAAAGCUCUGUGUGCAGCAGGCUGCUUCCCGCUUGCCAAAUGGGCUAGCAAUAGCCCACGGUUACUCGCUGAAGUCGCUCCAGAAAAGCAGCUGGAUACACCGCUUAAAGAAAUCAGUGAUGCACCAGUAAAGUCCUGGGCAUGUACUGGAAUUCACGCACUGACGCUCUCCAGUUCAAGACUUCUCGCACCAAUAGUCGUCAAAGCCAAGAUCUUUAUGCAAAAUCUGUGGCUAGAUAGAGUGUCAUGGGAUGAACAAUUGUCACCAUCACUCAUUCACAAAUGGACUGGAUACCGCGAGGAUCUUCGAAACAUCGAAUCCAUCCGCAUUCCACGCUGGAAUAAUAUAGCACCUGGAGCAACUAUGGAAUUGCACGGGUUCUCAGACGCUUCGCAAAACGCUAUGGCUGCCGCUGUUUAUUUGAGAGUCACUGACGCUGAUGGGAACACAAAGGUCUCACUUCUGUGUUCAAAAACGCAAGUAGCACCGCUGAAGACCAUGACAAUCCCACGCUUGGAAUUAUCUGCCGCAUGGAUCAAUCUCUGGACUGACUCCGCCGUGACUCUCGCAUGGAUUAAAAGUCCAGCAAUCCGCUGGAAGACAUUCGUCCGCAAUAGAGUGGGAAAAAUCCAAGAAACGCUUCGAGAUGUCUCCUGGAAAUUCAUUCCAGGAAAACAAAACCCCGCUGACUGCGCUUCAAGAGGUAUACCUACGCUAAAACUGAAACAACACGCUCUCUGGUGGCAUGGACCAACUUGGCUCCAUGAACCAGAAUCCUCUUGGCCCACUCUGGAGCCUCCAAAAGACAACGCAACGCAUCGAGAAGAACGCCAAGGUCUGACACUAGUAACUUGGAAAGCAGAAAAUUGCCUGCUCCAACAAUUACUGUCGCAUUACACGCAGCUGUUUCCACUGCUACGGAAGCUUAGCAUCUGGCAUCGUGCCAUCGACCGCUUUAAAAGAGUUCCACAAUCUUCGCUGACCUACCCGCUUACUCCAUCAGACCUGGAGCGCGCUAAAUUGACCUUGAUUAAGUUCACUCAAGGACAAUACUUCGCUAGAGAGAUUCACACGCUACAAGAUAGUGAUGGUCUGCCUAAAAAUAACAGCAUCACUAAGCUGACUCCGUUCAUCGACCAUCAAAUGGGUCCUGAGGGUCGGUGGCCGCUUGAAAAACGCAUUGCUGGACCCAGAAGAGAGGCAUCCAGCGAUUCUACCGCGACAAUCACCGCUUACAUCAAUUUUGAUUGA